CUGGGUCAGUUGGAGGAACAAAAGUGGAGAGGAACAACAGAAAGCUCUGUCCAACGGCCAAACGACAAGAAAACAGCUGAGAGAAAGAGACAAGACAGCGUGGGGAAUGUGUCCUGUGUGGCUAUUGGUCGCUGUGGCGAUGGUGGGCGUGGCCAGAGGAGCUGCCACCCAGUGCUGGGAACUUCCGAGCUGUCAGGAGGUGAACUCUGAGAGCAGCAUACUGGAGUGUAUCCAGCUCUGUCGCUCCGCCCUCACCGCCGAAAGGCCUGUCAUCCCGGGUGAUGCCCACCUCCAGCCUCCUCCUCCAGACACUGAGUCUCUGCCUCCCCUCUCUCUUUUAUCUCCCUCCUCCUCCUUCCUCUCCUCUCCUCAGGCCAAGCGCUCCUACUCCAUGGAGCACUUUCGCUGGGGGAAGCCCGUUGGGCGAAAGCGCCGCCCGGUCAAAGUCUUCGCCUCCAACGGCGUGGAAGAAGAGUCCGCCGAGCUGUUCCCCAAAGAGAUGAGGAGGCGGGAACUUGCCGACAAGAUGACAGCGAUGGAGGAGGAGGGAGAGGAGGAGAGGGUGCAGGAGGUGGCGGAAGAGGAGCAGGACCAGCUCCCGGGCGACGUCCACGAGAAGAAAGACGGCACGUACAAGAUGAAGCACUUCCGCUGGGGCAGCCCGCCGACCAGCAAGCGCUACGGCGGCUUCAUGAAGAGCUGGGACGAGCGCGGCCAGAGGCCGCUGCUCACGCUCUUCAAAAAUGUCAUCAACAAAGACGGACGGCAGCAGGAGAGCGAGCAGUGAGGGAGGACAGAAGAGAGAGAGGGAGGAGACAGACAGAAGAGGAGCACACGGAUUGGCCAACAAGUCCUCCAAACUGAAUACAAAGUUGUUUGUUAUUGCCUUCAAAGUAUGACCCAUGUGAGCGUUUUCUGCUCAAUGGUGUCUAACCCUAACCCUAACCCUAGCCCCCAAUGUCGACUUCAAGGCAGCACUGCGACUGUCGACUUCAAGGCACCUAACCCUAACCUUAACCCUAACCCUAACCCUAACCAUUGCCUAAUCCUAGUACCUUCCAGGCAGCGCUGCCUGGAAGACGACGUUGGGGGCUUAAAACACCUAACACCGUGUUUUCUGACUCCCCUAUCGGCAGGCAACCCUGUCUCCUAGAGAUUACAUUUAUAUGUUAUGCAUCAAUUAUUGCCGAUUAAUUAUAAUUAAUCGGCAGAUUAUUGCCUUAAUUGUGUGGAGAAAAAAAAUGUCCAUCCCUUUUUUUUCCAG